GAAUUUGAAAGUGCCCCAGAUCCAGAACUCGAAUACGACUUUGGACCAGACAUUAGGCUUCCAAGUCGACCGGGUGAAGCACGCAGAGCUUGGUGAAGGCAAAGUGCGACUUACAGCUUAUUAUCAUUCUAAUGGGAAGAUUGUCCAGUCAGCAGUCAGCCCAGUCAUGUGCAGUACCACCGCCGUGCGCUCCAACUUUAAGUACAACUACCACGUGUUUGGGCAGCAAGAAGCAUCGUUUCAAGACGUGAAGAUGUCUGGGGACAUGCUGCUUGUGGUCAGGUUCUACUUGAAGAAACAGUUGAACAAACCGAAUGACGGCACAGACAACACCACUGGGCCGCAGUACGGAGAAGAAACUCUUGUUGCAUGGGCAGCACUGCCUCUUGUGAUGUCCAUGCAAGGAGACUUAACUUCAAGGGAGAGACGAGAAUUUCAAGCGACUCUGAUGAGAAUCAACACAGGCACACACACACUCAAGCUUUAUGAGCCACCAGUCCCAGAGCCAACAAACAUACCUUAUGAUGACCUGCAGUACCACAGGGACGCCAGGCGCUACGGCAAAGCCACCGUCAGAUUCCACGUCUUUCAAGGUCAGCCACGACCAGGGUCACUCACCCCAAGUGAACUGUCAGAUGAUGGGGAUGACGUACUCCCUGAGUACGCUUGGCUCCCAUGUGAGAGGAGAGUGGCACUCACAGAACCCUUCCACUCUGGAGAUGGAUUUGAUGUCUACAUUGACGGCUGUCGCUUUCUGCCAGACUCUGUCACCUAUUCUAGGGUGGCGGCCCGUAUAUUAGACAGGAAAUACCAAGUUUAUGGUAAAGAUAUGUCCACUAGCGUCAAGAUUGACAGUGAGAUUUACAACCCUGUUUAUGAGUACAGGUCAGAGUUCAGAGAGGCCCAGAUCCCACCAUCUGCAACAAUACUCUUCAAGGUGUACACCAUUGACAACUUCUACAGACAGCUGACAGUUGUGGGAUACGCAGCUCUCAAUGUUUUCCUAGAGUCAGGCACAGACAGGCAGCCCAGCAUUGAUAAAGCCGGACUCCAGAUAUCACUCAAUGAAGGUGGGCAUCAACUUCGUUUAUUUAGCCAAGGACCAAAUGGAGUUGAUCCUUUUACAGAGAGAUGUCUGAGAGACACCAACAUACGGCCCGUACCAUGUGCCAGCCUGCUCGUAAGAUUGGCUAGAGUACCAAAAGGCCCAAAAGGUCGACCUUUGGAGUCAAGCAAAGUGCCUCAGACAGACUGGGCUCGCCUGGGCUUGUGGUACCCCCGCCCCAAGUACUCUGACCGCGUCUAUCUGUCUGGGCAGUGCCUGCCCACCAGGGGGGAGAGCAAGCUGUUCCACGCCAUGCUCAAGAGAACUCACACCACCAUCAGAGACGCUGUGGCUGCCACAACUCAGGCUAAAGAAAGCUUUCUGAGUUCAGACAAAAACAUGGAACAGUAUAUUAGGAACCAGUUGACCAAAACAAUGGACGCCAAACCACUAGAUCAAGACUUGAACUUCAUCUGCCAGUACAGCCCCAGACAUGGCAUUAAGCUGGCCCUGGAUAGUGCCGUCAACCUGCCCUGGGCCAACUUUACACUGGCUCAUGUCUGCCUCAACCCUCCCGGAGCUUUCUAUAUGGGAACUCCUCAUGCAACUUAUGAUAAGUUGACCUUUGUGGAUGACCUUGACCCUCGCAGUACACACUCAUCUCCAGCAUGGAAAGAUGGUUUUAAGCCAUUUCCACGACGCUCCUAUCACAAAUUCCUGGUUGCAGUCAUCCACCUGCAGGAGGUCUUUGUCAACGUCUCCAGGGACAACUACAAGUACGGCCUGUUGGAACAAGCCUGGACUGCUGUCCAAGUGUUUAAAGACAAAUAUUGCUACACAGAAACCUUCCAGCUGCCCUUGUUCCUGGGCGCUCCCAAUCAGCAGAUGCUCAAGCAGCUUGCUAGAGAGCCCUGCAAAGAAUGGAUGGAAAGAAACAUCCGCAGCAAAUCCGUUAAACUGGUUGAUGCAGCGUCUGUGUUUGUCCGUUUGUGCGAUGCUCGCAGAGAUGAUGAAUUGAUGUAUGACAUCCCUACUUCCAAACUUGUCCAUGUCAACGUGGACUACAUCCCCAGAGGCAUGGAAGAAAUGUACUCCAGAGAACGGGCCGGGCGGCCGCUAGAGACUCUCAUUCCUCAAGGCAAAUCCACGGAACAAUUUAUCAAUGGGUUAAAAAUUAAGUUCAAAAGUUUGGUCUACAAGUUGUAUGAAGAAGGAAAUAUGUCGACUGACUAAAUCCCUUAGUUGGUCUACAAGUUGGAUGAAGAAGGAAAUAUGUCGACUGACUAAAUCCCUUAGUUGGUCUACAAGUUGGAUGAAGAAGGAAAUAUGUCGACUGACUAAAUCCCUUAGUUGGUCUACAAGUUGGAUGAAGAAGGAAUUAUGUCGACUGACUAAAUCCCUUGGGUUGGUCUACAAGUUGGAUGAAGGAAAUAUGUCAACUGACUAAAUCCCUUGGGUUGGUCUACAAGUUGGAUGAAGGAAAUAUGUCGACUGACUAAAUCCCUUGGGUUGGUCUACAAGUUGGAUGAAGCAAAUAUGUCGACUGACUAAAUCCCUUUAGUUGGUCUACAAGUUGGAUGAAGGAAAUAUGUCGACUGACUAAAUCCCUUGGGUUGGUCUACAAGUUGGAUGAAGGAAAUAUGUCGACUGACUAAAUCCCUUGGGUUGGUCUACAAGUUGGAUGAAGGAAAUAUGUCGACUGACUAAAUCCCUUGGGUUGGUCUACAAGUUGGAUGAAGGAAAUAUGUCGACUGACUAAAUCCCUUGGGUUGGUCUACAAGUUGGAUGAAGGAAAUAUGUCGACUGACUAAAUCCCUUGGGUUGGUCUACAAGUUGGAUGAAGGAAAUAUGUCGACUGACUAAAUCCCUUGGGUUGGUCUACAAGUUGGAUGAAGGAAAUAUGUCGACUGACUAAAUCCCUUGGGUUGGUCUACAAGUUGGAUGAAGGAAAUAUGUCGACUGACUAAAUCCCUUGGGUUGGUCUACAAGUUGGAUGAAGGAAAUAUGUCGACUACCUUAGAGUUGGUCCAAAAAAUAUUCUCCUGCCUACUAAUGAGAUGUGCCAAUCAAUUCUUGACUAAUGAGAUGUGCCAAUCAAUUCUUGACUAAUGAGAUGUGUCAAUGCUCGACUAACGAGAUGUGCCAAUCAAUUCUUGACUAACGAGAUGUGCCAAUCAAUUCUUGACUAACGAGAUGUGCCAAUCAAUUCUUGACUUGAUGAGUCAAUCAGCACUUCAUCAACAAACACAACACAGUUUAUAACAGACAAACACAACACAGUUUAUAAAAGACAAACACAACACAGUUUAUAAAAGACAACAGUUUAUAAAAGACAAACACAACACAGUUUAUAACAGACAAACACAACACAGUUUAUAAAAGACAACACAACACAGUUUAUAAAAGACAACAAUGAGAAAAUGUUUGGGUCCUCUUCAACAGUGAGCUCAAGUAGUACACUUGUAAUCCUAGACAGUUAGCUCAAGUAGUACACUUGUAAUCCUAGACAGUUAGAGGACUGCUGAACUUUUGGUGAUUUACUUGCCAUAAACCUGACAUUUUAAGACGCUGGUUGAAAUGUGUCUAAACCUUACAUUUUAAGACGCUGGUUGAAAUGUGUCUAAACCUUACAUUUUAAGACGCUGGUUGAAAUGUGUCUAAACCUUACAUUUUAAGACGCUGGUUGAAAUGUGUCUAAACCUUACAUUUUAAGACGCUGGUUGAAAUGUGUCUAAACCUUACUAUUCUAAGACGCUGGUUGAAAUGUGUCACCUGUGGAUGACUUCUCAAUUAUCUCAACGGAAAAUCUAAAAAUUUGUGGCAUCCAUAAUAUACAAAACUGGGACUAAAUUAUUUGAAAAAACAAUUUUUUAAUUUUUUUAAUUUGUAUACAGUAACUAACAUGGUUAUCAUUUGUAUACAGUAACUAACAUGAUUAUCAUUUGUAUACAGUAACUAACAUGAUUAUCAUUUGUAUACAGUAACUAACAUGACUCAGUCUUAAAUAGCUGACAGCUUUCUGGACAACCUUCUCAUUAUUUUGUAACAAGCAUAUUUUGUAUACUUGGUUAUCUCAUUAUUUUGUAACAAGCAUAUUUUGUAUACUUGGUUAUCUCAUUAUUUUGUAACAAGCAUAUUUUGUAUACUUGGUUAUCUUAUUAUUUUGUAACAAGCAUAUUUUGUAUACUUGGUUAUCUUCUUAUUAUUUUAUAAUGUGUAGAUCUUGGGAGGGAGAUAGUCUUAGCCCUCCCACCUGUAUAUACAUAUAUAUAUAUAUAUAUAUAUCUACCUAGAGAGGUAGGGACAUCCAGAAGACAUGGGUCCCAGUUCUGACAAUGGCUUUGGGUUAGUAAUGAGCACUCUAUCACCCGGCCACACCAACCCAGUUCUGACAAUGGCUUUGGGUUAGUAAUGAGCACUCUAUCACCCGGCCACACCAACCCAGUUAUGCGGAUGGUACCCAGAAGUUUUUGAUCCAACCCACAGGAUCAAAUAUCCGUCAUUUAUUUUUUUAUAUCUUGUUUAUCCACGUUUAGAAUAUUUUAAUUUUAUACAACAUAAACAAUCACAACAUAAACAAUUACAACAUAAACAAUUAUAACAUGAACGUUUUUCUUAAUUUUACACAACAUAAACAACCAUCAGAACAUGUUUUUCUUAAGUGGCUUUUGACUCAAGUUAUAUAGCUGAGGUGUCUGUCUAAACUUUAUAUAGCUGAGGUGUCUCUAAACUUUAUAUAGCUGAGGUGUCU